GUGGGCUGUCGAUAGCAGAGCAGUCGAUGGCUAGUCCUGUGUAUCGACACAGUUUGAGGGAUCAUUGCGUUUACAGUGGGAAACUUCACCAGUGAUGGCACUUAGACGAGCAUUACAUUUCGUUUUUAAAGUUGGAGACAGGACCAAGACAGCCACUUUUUAUCGGGAUGUCUUGGGAAUGAAGAUUCUGCGCCAUGAAGAAUUUGAGGAGGGCUGCAAAGCAACAUGUAAUGGUCCAUAUGAUGGAAAAUGGAGCAAAACCAUGGUGGGCUUUGGACCAGAAGAUGACCACUUUGUUGCAGAGUUGACCUAUAAUUAUGGAGUGGGUGAAUAUCGCCUUGGCAAUGAUUUCCUGGGUCUCACUCUUCAGUCAGCUCAGGCUGUCAGUAAUGCUAAGAGGUUAAACUGGCCUCUUACACAAGUUGGAGAUUGUCUCUACAUGACUGAGGCUCCAGGUGGAUACCGCUUCUACCUCAUAGACAAGGAACAGCCAAACUCUGAUCCCGUCCAGAAAGUCUCUCUGGCAGUGUCUGAUCUGCAGCGUUCUGUUCAUUAUUGGUCUGGCCUGCUGGGAAUGAAAGUUAUUGAGAAAAAUGAGGACAAAAAGAUUGCAGUAAUGGGAUUCUCAGAUAAUCAGUGUAAGCUGGAGUUGCAAGACAUUGGAGGCGCUGUGGAUCAUGGAACCGCUUUUGGAAGGAUUGCAUUCGCUUGUCCUCGGGAUCAGUUGCCUGACAUUGAAGCCCUGAUGAAAAAAGACAGUGAGAAAAUAAUCACCCCUCUUGUGAGUCUGGAUACACCUGGAAAAGCCACAGUGGAAGUCGUCAUUCUUGGGGAUCCUGACGGCCAUGAGAUCUGUUUUGUGGGUGACGAGGCCUUCAGGCAGCUUUCUGCAGUGGAUCCUAAUGGGAAUCAAUUACUAGAUGAGGCCAUCGCUGCGGACAAGAGUGAUGAGUGGUUUGCUAAACACAACAAGCAAAAGGCUUCAGCAUAAAGACGUGUGCAGUCAGUCACCAUUUUGUUGUUAUGCAUCUCAAUGGUUUUCUAAUGAUUGUCUAAAUUCAGCUGUACUUCUGGACUGGAUGAAAGUGUGUAUAUAUGAAUACCUUUGAAUGAAAUAAAUCAUUGUGAUUAUGUCAUUAUUCUCUUGAAAGUGUAAAUAAAUUUGAUAAAUAAAGAGAUUAAUUGGUAAUGUCAGAAAUAUUGUGCAGCUAUCAA